AUGCAGCGAUCCAGUGACAGUAAACAUCAUAGGCCUGAAGAUCGAGGUGUUGCCACUAACAGGCAGCAUGGUGAAGGCAGAAAGAAUGAGCAUCGUCCUGUAGCAAGGAUGAUGAAAAGAGAGCCGAGAGAAGGCUCGAUGGACCGAGCGGACCACGUCAGAGAUCCGCAGAGAAUUGAUUCUCGAGGCGUGAAGGAUGGUAACCAAGCAGACAUACCAGCUGCUCGGGGUGCACUACGGCUGCUCGCCGAAAAAACAGACACCAAUCGCAGCCAAAACUACCAGGCUAAAAGUGGCGAUCAGGGAUCUGAUCCUCCCACCAGAGGAUCUGAUCCUCCCACCAGAGGAUCUGAUCCUCCCACCAGAGGAUCUGAUCCUCCCACCAGAGGAUCUGAUCCUCCCACCAGAGGAUCUGAUCCUCCAGAGGAUCUGAUCCACCAGAGGAUCUGA